CGGUCCGUAAAUAAUGGAUUAGAGGUGAAGCGAGGGACGAGGGGUGUGGCGCACGCACCGGCUGCGCGCGCAGGAAGAGCGCGCGGGGAGCGGGGCGGCGCGCGCGGGGGGCGCUGCGCCUCCCGUCAGCUGUUGCGCGGCCAGGACCGCGCCAAUGCAUCGGCGUCGAUAGUGCGCGCCGCCCGUCUCGACCCGACCCCGAGUGACAGUGACAUAGUGCCAGUGCCCGAUCAGUGUCAACAGUGCCUGUGCCGUGCCCUAUCAGUGUUGUGUGUGAGCCAUGAGGAUGUGCAGUGCCACCGCCGGGAGCUGACCGCGCUGCCGCCGCUGGGCGAUGAGAAGUUAUGUUACGCCACCGACCGAGUGGCGUGGCAGUAUCGAGUCCUUCAGAGAGCGGUAGCGGCAGUAGCGACAUCACCGAGCCGGCGUCCCCGCGCAGCCCCGAGUCGAGCGGCGCCGAGGAAGCCGCUGGCGCGCGCAUGCCGCCCUGGGUCAGCGAGCCGGCGCCGGGCCCGCGCCGCCUCCCGGCCCAAGCGCCCGUCCGCCGCUCCAACCAGUCCCAGCGCACCGCCGAACACCACCGGCGCAUCACCGAGUUCUUCAGCCACAAGAUGAAACCCCAGAAUGGCCUCAAGCGGGACUCCUCCACAAUCAACAACGAUGACGCCAAGAAAAAGUGCCUCCCCAAAAACGGCGUCACCCACGACCUGGAGAAGUACAUCUCCUACUUGUCGUAUACGCUCAGCCCUAAAGUUUUACUCGACGUCAGUAAACAGAAUGCAGCCGAAGCGCAAAAACCGUUGAACGGAAUAAACGGUGUCAUUGACACAAAUAAAACGACGGGGCCACCUAAAACGACGAAUCCGGGCGGAAACGGGUUGAUAGAUUACAGUAAGCCUAAAGACAAUAAAGAUAAAAUUCACACUACUAUGAAUGGAUUUAUGGAAAUGAGACAUGAGCCAGAGUCAUCCACCAAAGAGAAGUUGUCAAAUGGCCAUCUGAAUGGAUUCGUCAACGGCAAAAAGCAAAAUUUCGACCCAUCUGCCAAUAGGGUUGCUCCCUACAAAAAACAAAAUGUUGACUUGACCAAACGUAAAGUUCCGAUCCCAGCAUCUAACGAGUUAGUUGGUUUUAGAGUUAGUUCUACAACAAUGAAACCUAGAAAGUUAUUAAACCUUAAACCUGAUACCACGAAGAUGAACGGAGUGGUAAGCUCAACAACAAAACUGGAUAGCAGGAUGAAUGGUGUCACCUGCGGUUCAAAUAACUUAAGUUUAAAUCCGGUAACGACUAGCCCGACCACAAAGAAGGAAGCACAAAAGAAAACUGCUCAACCUGCUAAGCGCACUAAUAGAAAGUCAUCAGCAUGUAUAGCCAACAGCAAGAACCUAACAUGGUCUAAAGCGAACAACCUUAAGCAGCAAGUUCAGAUACAGAAACAAAACAAUUGCGUUAACUCUGUGCCAAGCAGCUCGGGAGUGCCGGAUGAAACUAACUCCACGCCAAAGAUCAACGUCCCAAAUGGAGUUCGACAAGUUCCGAUGACGAUGAACGGCAACAUUGGUAAUCUUAACGUGCCUGUCACCAAUUUCCAAAAUUGCCACCAAAUAAAUAUUCCGCAGCCGUGUAAUGGUACCGUAACUUCCACUAAUUUGGGCCCGUUUGUUGCUGUACCGCAGAAUGUAAUGCUCACCGCGUUAAGGAUACCACAUAAUGGACUUCCAGCGCAAACUUUAACCAAUCACCAACCAAAUAAUAUGAAUCCUUACAACAGGACAAACGUCAACGUGCAGAGCCCAACGAAGUUUGUGUUUCCGAUAAUGCAAAAUCUCAACGGCACUGUAGUCCAAAUACCUAAUUUAAUGGCGAAGAUGCCAAAUUUUGUUCUUCCCCAAACAUCACAAAUAACUACGCAAAGGCACGAUCCGUUACAAAACCAACAGGCUCAAAUUUUAAUUAAUGGAACUUUACUCAAGCUUGGAAACACAAUGGCACAACCAUAUGGAAAUGUAAACAAACCAGCAAUGCCGACGACCAGUCAGUCAGGUGUUUCAGUCUUGAAUAAAAAUUUAACAGGGAUGUCGACGAUGGGUGUGACAGUGCAGCCGAAACCAAACUAUGCCGUUAACCUUAGCCACUCGGUAUUAGUACCACAACCGGGCUUCAUAGUUACUUCUGUGCCAAAUAUGAAUGUUAAAGAGACUUGGAGUUACGCCAGUACAAAUCCAGCACCAUCACCUCAAACUUCAUGCUCUAACACGAUAAUGCACCAACCGCCGCCUAUGGUUGCUACCUUCUCUACUCCUACAUUACAUUCGAGUAGUAUCCCCAUAGCCCCUGUCAAACCACCCGACAAUCCGAUACAGGGAACGGACCCGCCAAGCAGCACAGUCAAAGAACCAGAACAGAGCGAGGUACUCAUGCCAAAGUUUGAUUUUCCUUGGCUGUCCAAGACGUUCAACAAUAAUAUCGUCCCACUAGAUUCUAACAAAAAGAUGUUGAGGCCUUUCGCAGAAGUUAGUAGUUUAACAUCUAAAGUAGAUCAUUAUUGCUCAGAAAAGAUGAACGAUGACCUGUUGGACCAAGAUGAAGCGGAAAAAUGGAAAGACAGUUCGAUGACAGACUUAAGAAAAGUCGAAGAAGUUGCUAAGAGAGAAGAUACUAUCUUUACACAAAUUACUGUCCUAAAGGAUGUUUCAUCUAACGUUCAAAGCGCUGUGAUAGAAGCCAAUUUCUGUAGCACUACUACGGAGUCUUCCGAAUCGGGAAUAGGUACAGGAUCAGACAAGUCAAUAGAUUCGCCAAGUGACUCACAGACGAGUAAAGAAUGUGACGACGACUCGUUAUCUUUAAGUAUUAGCAUUAGUUCAGUGGAAGGGCAGAGUUGUCAGAAGAGCCCAAUUCUGAAGCAGCCGAAAACGUUGCGCUUUCCACCGCGGAAGCCGAUUAAGGCGAGCAGCGACAAGAGGACAUCCAGCACCGAUACCUCUGGGUCUGUCACCGUGUGUCUUUGGGAGAACUGCAAGCAGGAGUUUGAAAGCGACACCGAUCUCUUAGAACAUUUACAGUCGAUCCACGUAGAAACGCAGGCGGGCAAGGAAAAUUACGUGUGCCAAUGGGAGCGGUGCAAAGUGCGCGGCAAGCCGUCCUGCUCCCGGUUGUGGCUGGAGCGCCACGCGCUGUCCCACGGCGGCAACAAGCCCUUCAAGUGCAUCGUCGACGGCUGCGGCCGCAGAUUCUCCACUCAGAUACUGCUCGAGAGGCACGUGAACAACCAUUUCAACGAGGUCUCGCCCAACUCCGGUAGCGGGAAGAAGGCGACUGACAGCGCGCCCAAACUCAUUCGUAGGAAUGGCAAGAAGCUGCGGUAUAGGCGGCAGCCCUGGUCAGCGCGCAUGUUCGACUUCUUCGACUCGGGCGUGAUGGAGCGGCUGGCGUGGCAGCUGUCGCGCACGGUGCGCUGGCGGCUGGGCGGCGCGUGUCCGCUGCGCGAGCCGGCCGGCCGCCACACGCUGGCGCUGCUGGCGCGCUGCACCGCCACGCGCCGCAACCCCGCCGCCGCACAAACCGAGAUGCUGCUCACCUACUACCCGCCUCAUGUGAUCGAGGACGAGUGGGUGCCCGCCGCGGAGGUGAAGCGCAUCAAGCGCGUGGAGAUCGCGUCGCUGCCCGCGCACACCAAGGUGUUCCUCUACGAGCAGUUCUGCGCCUCGUACCGCCGCGCCGCCCCGCCUCCCCCCCCGCCGGCCGUGCCCGCCCCCGCGCGCGCCUGCACGUCGUCGCGCCUGCUCAACGACCUGCUGAAGAAGAAGGACGGCGACUGCGGCGCCAGCGACGCGCCGCUCUACUACCCCGAGGAGCCCGCGCGGCCCGCGCUCAGCGGCGCCGGCAAGCGCAAGCAGGGCCGCAAGUACGGCGGCAACGCCUUCUGGCCCUGCGGCCGGUAGGCGCAGGUAGGCUGCGGAGCGAGCGACGUCCGGGUCACUGUUGACGAGCUGCGGACGGUUCAGCUCCUCGACUGAGACGUGAGGACGAGCCGUCUGCAGUGAUGUAUGAGCGGUUAAUGGUUAAUCCUAGAGUAUAUGACGAUUUAUAUUAUAGUUGAAACGAUUUUAGCUCCGGAACCGGCCGUGUGGCCGUGUUCGAAAUAGAGUCCCGCUCGGUCGGACCCCUCUCGCUCCGUUUAUGAGAGCUUAAGUAGUUCGUUAGCCCGUUAAGCUCGCUAGCUCCACCCUUGUACAUAGAACGGUAGGGACGAAGAUUCAGUGUAGGCCGGGUCCGACAGAUGUUGAUUCUCCGCCCGGCGUGUGCGCGUCGGGGAAUUUCGCGCCAAAGAUUCGACGGUCCGCGGUUUUAGACGUAGUAUCGAUAGCGGAGGUAACAUUUUAUUCACAAGACUGAUGCUUACUAUUUUAUAACGAUAUUGAACGGCGGGACGAACAGACGUGUACAUAUUUAGCUCGAAGUGUAUAGAUCGCGUAAGGAGUUCGGCUCGGAGUAUCGUACGCGACGUAGGCGAUUUAGUUUAAAGGUUGUUCCGACGGGAGUAGUCUGAAUAUUUUAUAAGAUAAGUAGAGUAAGAGCGACCAGCGCACGUAUCACUGCCAACGUGUACAUAUUAGGAUAGGAGGGAGUUCGUUUGUCGUAGAAUAUGUUUGAGUUCGCUUCGCUGUGCCCGCGAGCCCCGCGUUCGCCGUAGUGCGUGGCAAUAACUGGACGGUGCGUGCUGACUACUAGAGUCGGCCCAAGUGCCUCCGCCGGCUCCGCGCCGGCUAAGACGGUCUUUACAUUCUUUGCGGAUCCGCACGCCGCUGCAUAGUGCUGUCUCGCUCACAUACGUGAGAGGCGUACGAAUCCGCAUCAGUGUGAUAACCGCGUAAGUGUUCACUUUUAAACCCGUUUUCAUAUCAUACUCACAGUUGUUAGGGUAGAGUUCAAUUAUUGGACGUAUUUUACUGUCCAUCGUUGUGUUCCAAUCGGCCGAAGCAAUGUCCAAUGACGCUUUACAGAAUCAACAACUGUCUACGUAAUGUUCAAUUUCAUGUCGCGGUGCUAUUGCUUCGAUACUAGUAAAUAUGAUCGUUUUAUGAUUAAUAAAUGAAGUGACAAAGAGAAUAGCAAUAUGCCCGCGACCGAUCAAAACGACACUGCCAAUGUUGUGUUUAAAUGUAAUUGUAUCCUGCCGUAUCGGCAGCCACGAGUACUGUUAGCAAUAAUCGUUUUGUGAUAAGAUACUUUAUAGAAUAACGACCGGUGUUCAAUACGUUAACAUUCAAGUUCAAUUGAUUCGUAAAUCUCGCGCUGCAAACAGGAAGACAUAGCUCUAUAACACUAUUUGUUGCUCUAAAAUUUAAUGCCGUAUUUUUAAAAAGAAGAGUAAAAGAAUAAACUAUGAAUUACACCUUAAAUAUACUUCUUCCAGUUUGCCGCGCAGAUUUAAAUAAAUCAUUUCUUGCUUUAUUGAUAGAAAAUCAGCCUUAAUUAAGUGAGUAGAGUUCAUUAACCUCAAAUAAUUGUAUUUUCCAAAAAUAUUGACUGCAAAUUCUGUAUUGAGAUGAGAUGCAUCGAAACAAGCAAUAUUUAACAUUAAAUUGACCAGAAAAUUACAAUAAUCCUUACCAGUAUCUAAUUGUAACAGUAUUGUAAUAAGGUAGUUUGAUGGAGUUAACGUGGUGUAUCUGAGAUAUGAAAAUUCUGUUAAAAAGUCAUCAGUCCGACUCUAGCGUGUUUUUUUAACGCGUUGACUCCCGUUAAGUUACCUUACUAUAACAAACUUAAUAUACCAUCUGGGGCAGUCAGACCGGCAGCGUAAGAGCAAAUUAUCUAUAGACUACCUAAUAUUACGGUAAUGUUGAUAAUAUUACGGUAAUGUUGAUAAUAUUACGGUAAUGUUGAAUUAACUCGCAAAAACGGCGCUUUGGGCUCAUUUCCAUAGUCAUCAGAUAUAUCGGAGCGGCAGAGAAAUAAUAAUCUGUUUAUUUCAUAUUAAGAGGUACAGUCAUACUUCAGUUACAAUCCCUAUAUUUGGAUAUUAUCUUAACUACCUCUAACGCCUUAACAAUAGAGGCGUGUUCACAUAUUUGUGAGCACCAUGGCCGCUUCGAUAAAUCUUAUAGCGACUGUACCAUCGCACACUGUCAAGUGCCAGUCGGUUUAAAUUUAAUGCAAAGAUAUUUGGUCCGUUGAUGCUCUGAUUGAUGAUACUGAUGCUCUGAUAUACUUGACGGAAUUCGCAAUGGUGAUCCAAUAUAUAUAAAAGCAAUAAUUGUGUUCCAUUAUUCGUGAAUCGUAUAGUAGUUACUUGUAGCGUUGUCCAUAUUUAUAUCCUGAAUUAACAAUUAAUACAAUUGUAAAAAACACACGAACGGUCAGAAUACUACGAAAUGCAAUAAUUAGUCAGUUAUCAAACCUACCAUACCAAUGAUUUUGAUGUGUUGUCCAUAGCUGAAUUUAGAUGUUAAACUUUUGGAUGUUACUAUACAGAAAUUGUCAAUAUUGCCUUUUUAGCCGUAAGGUUUACAUUUACAUACAAGUGAAUGAAAAUUGUGUUCUGUGCUCACACGAUCUCGCUAGUAUUUUUAGUUAGUGCCUCUAGUUGUUAAGUUAGGGUGAAUUGUGUGCGUAUACUCGUAUGGUGUAACUUGAAUGUAAAACGUAACAAUAAUACACCAUCGUAUUCAGAUUCUCGCUUGCGGUAUAGGAGUGUGCUAGAAUUGUAGCAGUGAGUCGGUUCUAGCGUAGGUACGUGAGUAAGGAGCCUGGGCGUUGGUUCGGCGACUGACCGACAGUUGUUAGGUUAGAUACUGUCUCGUGUUACCCACAGUCGGGUGUAGGAGUAUUAUCUUACUUAACAAGUGAGUAGUGCCCGCGCGAGCGACUCGUACGAGUCAUUGGUACUCGUACGGACGGCGGCCGGAGUGGUAUUUAUAGUCUGUCAAGCAAAGUAUGUCAGUAGCAAUGUACAGCAAAGUGAAGUAGGGCAACACUCAAAGAGCAGUAUUGCGCUAAGAAAAGUAGCAAUGUACAUUGAACCAAUACAUGUAAUUAUCGUAACCUCAAAUUUUACAAAUAUUUACGAUCAACGAGCGUGAUUGUACAUUGUAGGCACCUUGACUUUGCUAAAGUUCAUUCACAAUCUUAUUUAAUAUAUUGGUAUUUAAUGGUGACAGCAGAAAUUUCUCUUGAAAUAGCAACGAUUCAGAAUGUAAACAAACACACAUUCCACAGAUAAAACACAGAUGACACGCGAUUCGAAAACAGUGUUGCUAACCCGCGAUUUUUCAAAAUUGCUGUGUUUUGCUACUGACAAGAUUUGCUUGACCAAGUAUAGUAAAUGCGGGAGGCGCUCGAGCCCGAACGAGGUGUAAUAGGAAAAUUUCUCUAUUAGUCAAGUUGGUGCCUGAUUGUCGGUGUGUCUAUGAAAUCGUAUGCUAUCCUUAAACCGAUUAGGUAGGACUUUAUUGGAGCGGUCCAAUGAACUGAUUAUUUUUUAUUGAAUUUAAAAAUUAGCGUAAUUAUUUCCAGCACUGAUCGUAGUGCCAUAUUUUAUUGGCUCGCUUUUUUUAAUGUAAUUUAAUUUUUUUUAGUGAAAUUCGACACCAAAAUUUUAAAAAGACAAAAUUCGUUUUUGUUUUAACCGAUUAACAGUAUGGACUUGUAUAUUUGAUCUCAAAUAAGUAAGGCAGUGAAGUUAAAUUAAUUCCAGACCAUGCGAGGAAUGAACGCAGUUCUCGGCCGAAUUCUCGAAAAGUAUGUGGCCUAGGAAAACGCUUAAGUACAAAUUUAAUUUUGCUACAUUUUAUGGCGUAACCCACCUGCCAUUCGUCAAUCCACGUCUCGUAACUUUUAUACAACUGUAUAUUGUAAGGAUUGACGUUUAUACAAGUGGGCGUAAAAGUAUGUGAACGAUAAAUUUAAUAAAUAAUAUCCGGAUUAAAUUUAAAUUAGCUCCCCUAGAUUAGGAAUUGGACUCGUUACACAGAGAAAUAUUUUGUGAAACAUUGUCUGCGGCGAGGGACUAAAUUAUAUCGAAAAGAUACAUUGAUAUAUUCGUAAGUGAGGAAAGAUUAUAUUUUUACCACUGCCACCAGAAUAGUAAUAGCGUUUUGUCCAAGUUGUUUUCUAGACUCUUGUAUUUAAACCCCUAUUUGUAACGUUUCUAUAAAACUUAUUUUAACUGUGUUCAUUAAUGUAUUGAUCGUUGAACAAUGUCACUGCCUGUUUAUUUUACGGACAAAUCUGAUAAGGGUAAAGUUUGUGCUCCGUGUUAGUGUGAGAUGUUGUGAAGCAUAUUACAGCUUGCAGACGAGUUAGCACGUUUACAUUCAUGUCGAUGUGUAAAGCAUUCGUCCCUUACAGGCAAGUAUGUAAGUGCGGAAGGGACGAACGCUUUACGUGAGACAUGGACGCGGUAGGAGUACCGGUGCAGAGGCGCGAGUAGACGGGCUCGUUACUUCGGUCCCACGCGAGCAGAGCGAGGACCGCAAAGCGAACGAGGCCCAGUAACCAAAUGUGUUGACAGAUGCUUAUUGAGUGAGUAGAAUGUAAAUAGUAUAGUAUUGUUAUUACUGCGUUACACUGUAAUGUGGUUCGCGGACGCGGAGGCGGUGGGCGAUUGUCUUGUUUCCUAUAUUAAAUGCGUUUAUUAUAUGAAUGUUCUCCUUUAUUGUAAAUGUUUGACGAGAAUACAAUAGUAACUAUAUGAGGAACCCUGUAUCCCGAAUAGUGUGCACUACUUAUAUUCAAUUUGUAGAUAUUUUAAUUAUAUAGUAUAAUGUCUAAUGUGUCUUUAUUUGCUUACCCCUGUAAGGUGAAUCCGACAUUUAUAUUAUAAUUUUGACCCCGAGUUGGCGGGUAAUCUACCUCAAUUUAUUUAUCACAUUUUUGGGCAUAAUAAUAGUGAAUGUUAAUUUAAUUUCGAACCCUGAAGUUUGUUCAAUGUAGUGAUUUAUAUGAAUUUUAAAUGGUUUGUCCAACCUGUCACAAGUACUGUAUCUUAUAUUAAAUACAUAUUGUAUGAUUGAUAA